AUGGAAGACGAUGACCAUUUGUUCAGCCAGUUUCCUUUGGCAAACAUCGACCGCAUUCUGAACACACUUCGUCCUUUGGUGCAGGGCCGACGCGACCAACUCCUCGAGUUCGCCAGAACAAUGGAUCCAGAGGGACGUGGAAGCUUCGGUUUGGCCAGUUUCGAGGACUUUCUGUUGCGGAUAAUCGGCGACUUGGCGUCAGGCAAAGAGAGCCAUAGGGAGGCGGGAGCAGAGAACAACAAACAAGACCUUCUCACCAAGCAUGAGAAAAUAACUCUGAUUCGUCAUUACGCAGAGCGGUGA